AUGCAGGACAGCCCACGUGUCGCCCAUCCGCACCUACGUGGCGUGCAGGCGAGCUCUCAUGGGUCGGACGCAGCGGGGCGCCUGCUGGCGGCGGGGGUCCGUGACUCGCGGCAGGGCGGCGCCUCAACGUGGGACGGCUCGACAUUGGGCGGCUCGGCUUUGGGCGGCUCGACGUGGGGCGGUCAUGCGAGGGGCGGGACAACCGGGUCGCCUGGCAGGGACACGCGGUGCCAGCUGUUCUCGUCCCAAACGGCCCUGCGCAUCCCGCCCCUCACUAUAGUCACGGAGGCGGCAGCCAUGGACGAGCGCGAGGUGGCGGCGCUGCUGGCAGCAUCUGGGCAGAACGGACAACUCUUCCCCGCCCUGCUGCCGCCCGAGUCGCCGCCCGACGGCCGCCCGGUGCCUCGGAAUGUGAACGUGGCUCGCGUGCCGGUGGACCAGAGGAGAGUCAGGCGGGCUGAUGCUGCCAAGAUGAGGAGAGCGCUGGAUAAGAGCACAGUGACAGUGGGUCUGUACGUGAAGAAGGAAGAUCUCUCAGAGGAUUAUUACACUGAGGAGGGCGAGGAGGUGGGGGAGGAGGAGGGAGAGGAGGUGGGGAAAGCGGAGGAGGGGGUGAGGAAGGAGAGGAAGGGCAGUGCGGAAGACGGCAGUGGUAGUGAUGGUGGGAGUGAUAGUGAGAGCAGCACCACCACCACCACAAGUGAUUGGGACACGCCAAGCAAGGGGGGUAGCAAUGGGGCGAGGGGGGGCAAGAGGAGGGGGAUGAGCAAGUGGGCGCGGAGGAGGAGGGCGAAGGCGGUGGAGGAGGCGCGGCGCAGUGUGGAGGGCAAGAGGCUCGUGGCGUUUGGGCGGGCGUACUCCGAUGGCACGCUCACUGCUGCCGUGCAUGACAUCGCGGUGCGUUUCAUUUCAUCUCCUGGGUGCAUUUCAUCUUUUGGGUGCGUUUCAUGUGCUGGGUGGGUGCGUUUCUUUUCCUGGGUGCUUUUCAUCUCCUGA